AUGUUUGGAUGGACUCCAAAGACCAGAAGUCCCACUAAUGUCUCAGCAAUCUUUGUUCAUGCUGGUGCAGGCUAUCAUAGCACUGCUAAUGAACAUAUUCACCUUGGUGCUUGCAAUGAUGCUGCCCGCAUGGCAAUGCGAAUUCUCAAAGCUGGCGGCACCGCUGUUGAUGCUGUUGAAGCUGCGAUCAAGGUCCUCGAAGAUAAGGAAAUUACAAACGCAGGAUAUGGAAGCAACUUGUCCAUUGACGGGGUUGUUGAAUGCGAUGCGACCAUUGUCGACCACUUGGGAAGGAGUGGAGCUUGUGGAGCAACGGCUCAAAUCAGGAACCCAAUCAAUCUGGCUCGAGCGAUCCUCGAAAUGUCAAGCAAACCGCUAUCUCUACGAAGAGUUCCACCAAAUCUUCUAGUAGGCCAAGGAGCUACUGAUUUCGCAUGGGAGCAGGGCAUCCCGGUGGUUCCCCAUGACAUGGUAGUCUCGAGGAAUGCUAGAGACCGGUAUGUGCGAUGGAAGGAUGAUUUACGCCGUGCGGAAGGAGGUGGGAUGACACCAGGCAACUCCAGUAGCCAGGGUGGACCCGAUGAAGCCUUGGAUAUGGAGUAUGAAGAACGUGUACGGAACAAACAACGCCGAGACCACACCAAUGCUAUCAUGAAUGGUACUUGGAAUGAAGGACAGCCUGACUCUCCUCAGCCGUCGUCACCCGCCCGAGAUGUGAGCUCCCAAGACCUCCGGUAUCCAGCCGUUCGCCGCUCUCCAAGUCCCUCGCAAUACGGUGAUCGAACAUACAUCAACGCCAAUUCACCGACACGAGGCUUCCCUCAAUCUACCCCUAGCCCUCCCCCCAAGCGCACACGUUAUGCAAGUCAAGCGAAGGAUGGGCAGGCGCGUACACACUCGUUACUCGGUCCGAGUUCUAGUGGUCACAAUGUUUAUAAAGGUUCUCCAGAUGCUGGCAUGACGACGGGAGAGGUCACAAAGUCUACGCAGAACAGACCUGGUAGCAGUGAUGGGCCUGUUUCACCAGGCAUCGAAUCGAGUAUUCUCUACCCACCCCUUGCAUUCUCUCAAGAGGGGACGGCAGAAUCGCCCUCAAAAAUCUUCGCAAGAGAGAGUGAUGAGGAUUUGAUUACAGACACUGUUGGUGCUAUUGCAAUAGAUAUGUUUGGUCAUAUUGCCGCAGGUUCGUCUUCUGGUGGAAUUGGUAUGAAACAUCGUGGCAGAGUUGGACCAGCUGCUCUUGUCGGAAUCGGCACUGCUGUAAUUCCUGCCGACGUGGAUGAUGAAGAUCAGAUCAGUGUUGCUGCAGUUACAAGUGGCACGGGUGAGCACAUGGCUACGACUAUGGCCUCUCAGAAGUGCGCAGAAAGAUUAUAUCACAACACUAGGCGAGCUGUGGGUGGCACUGAUAUUCAAGCCACUGAGGAAGAAGCCAUGGAAUCAUUCGUACAGGCCGAUUUCAUGGGCCACCCGGGAGUCAGAGAGAGCAACUCAGCAGGCGCAAUCGGUAUCAUGGCCGUCAAGAAGACAUCUUACGGUUACUUCCUUCACUUUGCCCACAACACCGAUUCUUUUGCUCUUGCUUCUAUGCACUCGAACGAGAAAGAUGCAAAACUGGUCAUGUCACGGAUCGGAGAGCAGGGCCGAGUUGUCCAGGGUGGUCGAAAGAUACGUCUUGAUUGA